AUGGGUUGGGAGGCCUGCCCCCGGCCACUCCUAGGCUGCGGAGAAGGGGACCAGGCGGUCGGCUCGGACGGCUUCCCCUCCAGCCGGAGGAGCGCGAACACGUCCGCCCGCUCGCGGAAAGCGGCGCCCCCUGUCGCCCGGUCAAAGAGGCGGCGCGGGCUCGCGGGAGGCCGGGAACAUGGCGGCGAGGCCCGCGGCCGCCGGCACCCCGCCGCCGGACCGGGACAGAGCGGCGCCCAAUGUGGUGGCGUGGAUCUCGCAAUGGGCAGACGACCACCUGCGUCUCGUCCGGGUACCGCAGACCCGCCGGCCGGGCAGAACAUCAGCACCGUAAUGGCCAUAGCUGGAGUAAUGUUACUUCUAAGAAGUGUUCGACUGACAUCAAAAUUCACAAGUUCUUCAGAUAUUCCAGUAGAAUUUAUAAGAAGGAAUGUUAAACUACGAGGACGACUACGCCGAAUAACCGAGAAUGGUUUAGAGAUUGAACAUAUUCCCAUUACUUUACCUAUUAUAUCUUCAUGGAGAAAAGAGCCGUGUGGUGCUUUGCUGGUUAAGUUGGCUGGAGUAGAACUCACUGAAACUGGGAAGGUGUGGUUACAAAAAGAGCUAAAACCUUCCCAAGUAGUAUGGUUCCAACUUCUUGGAAAGGAGAAUUCAGCACUCUUUUGCUACCUUUUAGUGAAUAAGGGUAGAUAUUUUAGUGUGAGUCUGAAUGAAGAAAUUUUGAGAAGAGGCCUUGGCAAAACUGUUCUCGUUAAAGGGCUAAAUUAUGAUUCUAAAAUCUAUUGGAGAAUUCACAGAAACUUACUUAAAGCUGAAUUAAUAGCCUUAAAAAAAGGAGAAGGAAUAUGGAAGGAAGAAUCUGAAAAAGAAAGUUAUUUGGAAAAAUUCAAAGGCUCCUGGAGAGAAAUAUGGAAAAAAGACAGUUAUUUUAAAAAAAUUGGAUCAGAUUUCAACUUGAAAAAAGAAAGUUAUUAUGACAAAUUUAGAAGGACUUAUGAAACAUGGAAAGAAAACAUGAAUAACUACUCCUUAUUACUGAAGUUCAGAGAACUUCUGAGUCGCAUACACUUUCGUAGAAAAGGAUGAAGUAUUCCAAGAGAUCUGGAGGUGACCUACUCCAAAAAGAAUAAAAUAUAAUAGAUAAAUAUAAUGGAUAUUUUUCAUUGAGCUGAAAUGGGAAAUUUCCCCAAAUGAUCAAAGUUGCAUUCUAAUGUAUUUAAAUAUUUAAGAGAUGAUUCUUAUAAAUGUAAUAUCAGAAUAAUUUAAAUAAAUUGUGAUUAAUGUAAUAUCCUUUUAGGAAAACUGAAACGCUCUAUAAAAAGUUGUCAGGUUGAGGGCGAUAUACAUGUAGUGAUAAUACAUGAAAAGAGAGUUUAACUAUUGGCCAUUGUAUUAUUUUAGUCAUUUUGGGCAACCAUAUUUAACUUUUGUUUAAAGAGAAUAUUUGUUUACUUAUAAUAAAGGGACUCUAUGCAUCACGUCUGAGGCUGCUGUUUUCUCGCCACUGCUUUAUAACUGCUUGUGAAUUUGAGGCAGAGCUACAAGAGAAGGUCACUUAGACCAUUUUCUACUAGUAAAGAGUGGCUUAUUUCUACCUGUUGUUAGAUGAGGAGGAUAAUCCUGAGGACAAAAUCAUGAAUGAGCCGAGGAUGGCAGCACACAGGGUAAAAAGAAUAGGGAUGCCUUCUGACAUUGUCGAACCCCUAAGGGCUUUAACUCUCUCGCCUCCCAAUUUCUUAUUACGUGAGAUAGUAAAUUUUUUUG